AUAGAUCAAAUCACACUUUCAUAGGGCUGUCAAGCAAUCACACAAGUCUGCUGAUUUCAUUUAUUUUUUAUCCAAAUUGCAAUUUUUUACUCAAGCCGCGUUUUGUGAGUUUUUAAGACUUUGACGAAAUUUCCGUUGCUAUUCAGAUACGAUGCAUCGCUGGUUUUUCGCCAACGAGCGGGAGGAGUGCGAGCCGAAGCUCGAGGAGAUUGUCGAGGAGGCCGGGGACGAUGAUCUGAAUAAGCGUCCUGUCGCGCCCUACGUACCCACCACCGAGUGGCCCUUCUGUGUGAGCUACCACCGGAAACUGGCCGGCAAUGAGUACAUUGCUAUUACGGGGAACUGUCACAAUUUGGGGGACUGGAAUCCAAAGGAGGUGUAUGUUAUGGCCAAGUCCGAGUGCUACGACUGCAUGUGCAUGUGCCAUCAGUAUGAGGCUAUGGUCUUGAUUCCACGUAACAUUGACAUCGAAUACCGCUACUGUGUGGUGGCCUAUGACCCGGAGUUGGACGAAGUCUACAUUCGGACGUGGGAGGCGCAGCUCCGUCCGCGUGUCAUCCGGACCUGCCAGAACAUGCUGAAGCAGUGCGACUGCUUUGGGCAUCCUAACGAAGAUGAGAGCGAUCGGGUGGACCGCGGUUGGGCCACAACCGAGACUAUUGUGCAUCUGCGAAUCUUCAACGCACCGUUUAUAUGGCAAGGACAACAACAGCGUCUGCUCUACGUCCGAGUCCAGCCCAUGUUCGAGGUUCCUGAGCCGGAUUGCGUUAACGACAAUGUCACGAAGACUAGCCAAGUCGCACCUCCGCGACUUUCCCGCUAUCUGGCCGAUACCGAUAUUAUAUCCAACGACCUUAAACUAAGACUGGCAUACGUCGAGACGGUUAACUUAAAGGAAACAAGGCCACUCAAUUACCAGCCCAAGUUUGGGGUUCGUUGUGGACCGGCCGACAUGCAGCUCUUUCACUGCGCCAUUGCUCUUCCGGCGGAGACCAGGUACCGCAUCGACUUGUACACUUAUGCCAACAAGGCCGGACUGGACGAGCCGGCCUAUCACUACGGAUACGGGUUCCUGAUGCCGGAGCAACUAGAGGGCUCGGAGGGCAAUGCCCGGGUGAAGAUCACGUGCGCCUCCACCCACCGCCCUCUGAUCGAGAUGAAUAUAAAAUAUCUGAUGAUUCGGCCGCUGGAGAACUUCAGCUGUGAUAUGAGCCUCUGCUAUGAGCGUUACUGGCGCAAGGGACGCAUGUCCAUGAACAUUGGUCACAGGGGCUCGGGGAACACCUACCGCAUAGGUCAGGAUAUUGUGAGGGAGAACACGCUGUUUGGGUUCAAGCAAGUGGCCGGGGCCAAUGCCGACAUGGUGGAGUUCGACGUUCAGCUCACUCAAGAUGCCCAGGUGGUGGUGUUCCAUGACUUUGUGCUGCGCUUCCUGCAGCAGCGUACUCCCACCGUCGAUGAACUGCUGUUCAAUCAGGAUCUAAUAGUAUUCGCAUAUGAAAAGCUCAACAGGCUUAUGCUACUGUCCAUGGGUGGCUCAAAACGCAAGGACCACAUUGCUGUACCUUUGGAGGCUUUUACCUACGAACAGUUGCGGGGAGCUAAGGUCCUGCGCUUCGCUGGCGGAAAAGGCUGUGAUCUGUCCUGCUCCCAGAUGUUGUUUGAGCAGCGACCUUUUCCCUUGCUGCUGGAACUCUUUGAGCAGGAGGACCUACUGCCCACUAAUUUGGGCUUUAAUAUCGAGAUCAAGUGGCCGCAGCUGGACACCUCAAGGCGCUGGGAAAAGGGCAGCUUUAAGCCCACCUUCGACAGGAACUUUUACGUGGACACCAUUCUGGAGAUUGUACUGAAAAAUGCAGGGAAGCGGCGCAUUAUCUUUUCCUCAUUCGAUGCAGAUAUUUGUACCAUGAUUCGCUACAAACAGAACCUUUAUCCUGUGGCCCUUCUCACCGAAAACCAUGACUCGGAGGUGCAGUAUGCGGACGAAAGAGUCCGGGACCUGGAGACGGCCGUGCAGCUCGCCAACGCCCUGGAGUUCUUUGGGCUGAGCCUGCAUGCCACCACAGUACUGAAGUGUCCAUCCACAGUGGCGUAUCUUCAUCAAUACCACUUACAUACCAUGGUGUGGGGCAAAGAAACCACGUGUCUGGAGAAUCGUCAUAGGCUAAAGCGGAUGGGAGUGGUGGGAAUCAUUUACGAUCGAUUGGAUCAGUUGGACCAGGCCGGCGAAGAGCUGGAGGACAUUGUCUGCACCAUCGACUCGGUGACAACGCGGCCGAUGAUCCAGGAGACAGAGUUGACCGAGUGGCGGCAUAAGUGCGGCUACAAGGGCAGCUCCACGACUGAAACGAACCCAUACGCAUAGGUUACUUAACCAAACCUCAUGCUCCUUUAGUUGGCUAAUAAAACCCCAAAGAUAUAGA